UUUAGUAAUCGUCUUUUGCUUCUACUUACGUGGUGUUCUUGUGCUAGUCGUUUUUUUUUCGUGCAUAGAAAAUAAACGUUUCGUGAUCCAAUUUUGCUAAAAGUGCAUUAAAAACUAUAUAUUUCACCCAUGAAUCAGUAAAUAAUCACAAGAACAAUGAAUCUUCUUCCAUUACUAGUGGUCAUCUCGCUGGUAGCACUACAGUACACCACAUGUGCACCAGUGACUACUAAGAAACCAGGAGAAGCCCCCAAUGAUGCUAAUAACCAGGAUGCCCAAGAAGGAGACCUCAGUGAAUACAUGGAAUACCAUAGGUACCUGCAAGAAGUUGUGCAAGCGCUAGAGAGUGAUCCAGAAUUCAGAGAAAAAUUGACUAAGGCUGAAGAAGUCGAUAUUAGGACGGGAAAAAUUGCUCAUGAGCUAGAAUACGUAAAUCAUAAUGUUCGAACAAAAUUAGAUGAACUUAAAAGGCAAGAGCUGGAAAGACUGCGUCACUUGGCCACAAAACAAUUUGAAUUAACAAAUGAUAUUGAUACUGAGCAUUUAAAGAUCAAAGAACAUUUAGAUCAUACAAAUGAACACACUUUUGAAGUGGAAGAUUUGAAAAAACUUAUCUUAAAAACAACCGCAGAUCUUGCAGAAGCUGACAAGAAAAGAAGGCAAGAGUUUAAGGAAUAUGAAAUGCAGAAGGAGUUUGAGAAGCAGGAGAAAUUAAAAUCAAUGGAUGAAGAACAUAGGAAAGAAUAUGAAAAGGAAUUAAAAGAUCAAGAAGAAAAACACAAGAAACAUGAACCUUUACAUCAUCCUGGAAGUAAACAACAAUUAGAAGAAGUUUGGGAAAAGCAGGAUCAUAUGGAAAAUCAAAAUUUUGAUCCAAGAACUUUCUUCAUGCUACAUGAUCUUGAUGGCAAUGGUGUUUGGGAUGAAAAUGAAGUAAAAGCUUUAUUUUUGAAAGAAUUGGAUAAAUUGUACCAGCAGGGUGCUCCAGAAGAUGAUAUGAGGGAACGGGCUGAAGAAAUGGAGAGGAUGAGGGAGCAUGUGUUUGCAGAGGCUGAUACUAACAGAGACGGUUUAAUAAGUUAUAAGGAAUUCUUUGACCAAACUAAACGUGAAGAGUUCCAAAGAGAUCAAGGUUGGGACACCUUGGAAACUCAAAAAAUUUAUACACACGAAGAGUAUCAAGAAUUCGAAAGGAGAAGACAAGAAGAAAUUCAGCGCAUGAUUCAACAAGGAAUGCUACCCCCAAAUCCUUAUGGUCAUCCAGGACAAAUGCCUCCUAAUGGACAGUUUCCACCACAAGGACAUCCAAACUAUCAAAAUAUGCACCCAAACCAGGUUCAUCAGGCGCAAAUGAAUGAGAUUUAUAACCAAGCCCAACAUGGAGUUCCACCUCAGCCACCUCCACAUGGUAAUGCAAUUCCCAACCAGCAAAUUAAUCAACAAAAUCAACAAUUCAUUAACCAGCAAAAUCAACAAGUAAAUCAUCAGCAAAACCAACAAUUUAAUAAUCAGCUGAAUCAACAAUUGAAUAAUCAACAAAAUCAACAAGUAAAUCAUCAGCAAAACCAACAAUUCAAUAAUCAGUUGAAUCAACAAUUGAAUAAUCAACAAAAUCAGCAAUUUAAUAAUCAGAAUCAACAAUUAAAUAAUCAGCAAAACCAGCAAAUAAAUAGUAAUCAGAUAAAUCAACAACAAAAUAAUCAGCAUGUUAACACACAACAACAAAAUAUAUCUCAAGGAAGUAAGCAAGUAGGCCAGGGCAAUCAAAUACCACAGGUGCAGCAACAGCCAGGUGCCGACCAUGUAGCUUCUGUGAAUCUUAACAAUAAUAUUCCACAUAAAUCUGGGGAAAUUCAAAACAGUGUGUAGACAGUAUACAACUCCUGAGACUCUCUAUUCCAAGCAAGACCCCGUACUAAACCGGUAUGACUAUUUUCUUCAUAAAUAAUGCAAUCGGGAUUAUCCUUUUCAAUAUCUAUUACUUUAACUGCUGUAUCAUCAGCACAAACAGCUAGAAGUUUUGUGCUAAAAAUAUGAACAAUAAUUAACAAUAUGAACAAAGAAAUUAAAGAAAAAACAUGAUCAAAUUGUAUAGAACAAUCUUGUAAAUAAUUAUGAAAUAUAGAACUAUUUAAAAAAA